AUGUCGUCCAAGGACUCACCCGAUGCACGCUCGCCCUCGCCCGCACGCUCGCCCUCACCCUCGCGCCCGGCCUCCGCAUCCCCCUCUCCUGCACGCGCCCCGGCCUCAGCAGAGCCAUCGCCACAGCAGAAGCGAAAGAGGUCCGCCUCCUUCUCCUCGGCCUCAUCUUCUUCGUCCCGCUCCGACUCGCGCUCACCUCCGCCGCGGUCCAGGCGGCGCAGAUCCAGUCGCUCGCCCGACGCCCGCGCAAAGGAUGACGGGCGCAGCAGCCGCGCCCUCGUGGCUGCGGCCAAGCGCGAGGAGGAGGACAAGGCAACAGCGGCAGAGAAACGCACAGCCGAAAAGGGCGAGCAGCUGAGGUCGGCGCUCGCCAAGCUCUCCGCGACCAAGGCUGGUGGAGCGUACAUCCCGCCCGCCCGCCUCAAGGCGCUCAUGGCCGAGGCGGCCGCCGCAGACCCGGGUAGCGUCGAGUACCAGCGGAUGAGCUGGGACGCGCUCAAGAAGAGCAUCACCGGUCUCGUCAACAAGGUCGCCGCCGACAACAUCAAGAACAUCGUCCCCGAGCUUUUCGGCGGCGCCAACCUCAUCCGAGGCCGCGGCCUCUUCUGCCGCUCCAUCAUGCGCGCUCAGGGCCUCUCGCUGCCCUUCACGCCAGUGUUUGCCGCCCUCGCCGCCAUCGUCAAUACCAAGCUGCCGAUGGUGGGCGAGCUGCUGGUGACGCGCCUCGUCUCCCAGUUCCGCAGGUCGUUUAAGCGUAACGACAAGCCCGUCUGCAACUCGACCGCCAUGUUCAUAGCCCAUCUGGUCAACCAGCGCGUGGCGCACGAGCUGCUCGCCCUCGAGAUCCUCGUCCUGCUGCUCGAGAAGCCCACAGACGACAGCGUCGAGAUCGCCGUCAGCUUCAUGCGCGAGGUCGGCGCCUUCCUCGCCGAAGAGGCGCCCAAGGCCAACAACAGCAUCUUUGACCGCUUCCGCGCCGUCCUGUACGAGGGCGAGAUCAGCAAGCGGGUCCAGUACAUGAUCGAGGUGCUCUCCCAGGUGCGCCGCGACGGCUUCAAGGACAACCCGCGCAUCCCCGAGGCCCUCGACCUGGUCGAGGAGGACGACCAGAUCACGCACCGCAUCGGUCUCGACGACGAGCUCAACGUCGAGGAGGGCCUCAACGUGUUCAAGAAGGACCCCGACUUCCUGGACAACGAGGAAAAGUACCGCGAGAUCAAGGCCGAGAUCCUGGGCGAGGACGAGGACAGCGACGAGGGCAGCUCGGGGUCGUCGUCGGGCGACGAGUCGGACAGCGAGAGCAGCGACAGCGACGACGCCGAGGACCUGCAGGCCAAGGUCGACAUCCAGGACCGGACCGAGACGAACCUCGUCAACCUGAGGAGGACCAUCUACCUGACCAUCAUGUCGUCGCUCGACUUUGAGGAGAGCAUCCACAAGCUGCUGCGGCUGGAUAUCAAGGAGGGCCAGGAGAUCGAGCUGUGCAACAUGAUCGUCGAGUGCUGCUCGCAGGAGCGCACCUACAGCAAGUUCUACGGCAACAUGGGCGAGAGGCUGUGCAAGCUCAACCGCAUCUGGUCGCAGUGCUUCGAGGAGGGCUUCCGAAACUACUACGACACGAUCCACCGGUACGAGACCAACCGGCUGCGCAACAUUGCGCGCUUCUUUGGCAACCUGGUGGCGACCGAGAGCAUCAGCUGGGCGUGCUUUGAGAUCGUCCACAUGAACGAGGAGGACACCACGAGCAGCUCGCGCAUCUUUAUCAAGAUCCUCUUCCAGGAGCUGCAGCAGCAGCUGGGCCUCAAGGAGCUGGCGACCAAGUUCAAGGAGCCCAGCAUGCAAGAGUACUGGACCGGCCUCUUCCCCACCGACAACCCCAAGAACACGCGCUUCUCGAUCAACUACUUUACCAGCAUCGGCAUGGGCGUCCUCACCGAGGGCAUGCGCGAGCACCUCAAGAACGCGCCCAAGCUGCUCAUGGCCCAGCGCCAGGCGGCGCUCAAGGCAAAGGGCCGCGGCACCGACAGCGACACCGAUACCGAUUCGUCGAGCGACCUGUCGAGCAGCUCGCUCAGCUCGUCGACGCUCAGCGACAGCAGCCGCUCCUACUCUUCGCGAUCCUACUCGUCGAGGUCGCGGUCGAGGUCUAGGUCGAGGUCGAGGUCGAGAUCGGCGAGCUACUCUCGCUCCCCGUCGCCGCGCAGGAGGCGGGGUCGGUCGCGGUCCCGCUCGUACGACUCGCGCUCGAGGUCCAGGAGCUACAGCUACUCUCGGUCCCGCUCGCGCUCGCGGUCGUACAGCAGCAGGUCGAGGUCUUACUCGCGCUCGAGGACGCCGCCAAGGCGGUCCAACGGCAGAUCAAGGGGUCGUUCGCCUUCCCGAUCGCGCUCGCGCUCGAGGUUGAGGUCGAGGUCCUACACCCCGCCUCCUGCCGCCCCUCGCGAUCGCGGCAGAUCGUACUCGCGUUCGCCGCCGCCCGCCAAGCGCCCAACCCGAGACCGAUCUCUGUCCGCCUCUCGAUCACCAUCUCCGCCACCGCGGCAGGAGUACGGACGGGAGAGGCCGAAUGGGAAAGGCAAGGAGCGCUCAUUGAGCCCCGCCCGCGAACCGAGGCGGGACGGAGGCGGAAGGAGGGACGACGACCGCUACGAUGCGCCCCGUGCCGAGCGGAGAGAGAGGUACGACGACCGAUACCCGCCGCCACCUCGCGGAGGCGGAGAUCGGUACGAUGGCAGGGGCGGUAGGCGGCCAGAGUACGACGAGGGAUCGUACUCGAGGGGCAGGGAGAGGUACGACGAUCCGAGAGAUCGUCGUCGUUGA